CACGAUUUGUGUCAUAUCUCCCCUGUUUUAAAGCCACACACCAAACCCUCUGUCCUCCGGCCGGUUCAUCUUGAAACCCACACCGUACCAAUGGUCAUCGGAAGGCUGGCCUUGAGCUCCUUCUUCCACAACAAGGCCAGGGACACCUCGCCGUCCCCGCCUCCCGCCCCGGCAACCGCACCUCCGUGGGUGUGGCCGUCCUGCAAGAACCCAAGGACGCAGUCCUUCCGCGCCGCGACGGCGCCGCCGCCUCCCCCGGGCUCCAGGACCAUUGCCUCCAUCUUCCUCGACUCCGCCGAGUCCUCCUUCACGACCUCCUCCGCGCGGCACGACUGCUCCGACAGCCUCUCCACGGCGUCCGAGGCGUCGGCGGGGGCCGAGGCCGCCGACACGGCCGACGACGCCAUCGUGCGCGGCCUCCGCUCCUCCGACCGGCUCCUCUUCGACCCGGGAGCGUCGGCAACGAGCUCCAUACUGGAGGAGAAGUCGUCGGACGCCGCCGGCGAGGCCUCCUUCAUCGGCGGCGUGGCGGUGGCGUUCGAGUCGGAGGACCCGUACGUGGACUUCCGGGUGUCCAUGGAGGAGAUGGUGGUCGCGCACGGGGUCGGCAACUGGGGCUGGCUGGAGGAGAUGCUGGGAUGGUACCUGCGAGCCAACGGCAAGGACACGCACGCCGCCAUAUUGGCGGCGUUCAUCGACGUCAUCGUCGCCAUCGCCGACCCGGCCCUCGCGUCCUGCUCGUCGCACCGGAGGAGCUCGACUUGCACGAUCACGGAGGAGUCGUCGUUGGAGGUCGCCGAGAAGCAGGCAAAACUCGCCGUGUAGUGAACUUCCUACCUAUUAGCUCCUGUCUUUUGGAUUUUGAGGUGAACUAAUCUCUGGUGUUAAUCUCAUCGAGCCUAAUGGCAUAUAGUAGACUACCAGAUCAAGAUAUUUCAUUUCAUUAGCCUAAUUAAUUAAGUACUCUUCCUACUCCUA